CUCUCGCCUGUUCAUUUUGUGUUCUCUCCUUGCUGAUUAAUUUCCUUUCAGAAAACCCUAAUUCCUUAUUAUUUUUUUCCUGAAUUUUACAUUGCCUAAAAAACAGAGAAAAGUGAAGUGAAGGAGGAAAGAUGUUAGCAAUAUCAAGGCAAAGGAUCUUGGGGCAAUCUUUUCAGAAGAUUCGCCCUGCAGUGUCAGGGUUGAAAUGUUACUCAUCUGCAUCAAAACAGAUUACAGUGAGAGAGGCAUUAAACUCUGCUCUUGAUGAGGAGAUGUCAGCUGAUCCAAAGGUCUUUUUGAUGGGUGAAGAGGUUGGAGAAUAUCAAGGUGCUUACAAGAUAACCAAGGGACUUUUGGAGAAGUAUGGACCUGAAAGAGUUCUUGAUACUCCGAUUACUGAGGCGGGUUUUACUGGGAUUGGAGUUGGUGCUGCUUACUAUGGUCUGAAGCCUGUAGUGGAGUUUAUGACAUUUAACUUCUCCAUGCAGGCAAUUGACCACAUUAUUAACUCUGCUGCAAAGUCCAAUUACAUGUCUGCUGGCCAGAUAUCCGUACCCGUUGUUUUCAGAGGUCCUAAUGGUGCCGCUGCUGGUGUUGGUGCCCAACACUCUCAGUGUUAUGCAGCAUGGUAUGCUUCUUGUCCUGGGUUGAAAGUACUGUCACCGUAUAAUUCUGAAGAUGCUCGUGGACUGCUAAAAGCUGCUAUUAGAGAUCCCGACCCUGUUGUUUUCCUUGAAAAUGAGUUGUUAUACGGUGAGUCAUUCCCCAUUUCUGAUGAAGUUCUUGAUUCCAGUUUUUGCCUUCCAAUUGGGAAAGCUAAGAUAGAGAGAGAAGGAAAGGAUGUGACUAUUACAGCUUUUUCGAAAAUGGUGGGCUAUGCUCUUAAGGCGGCUGAGAUACUUGAAAAGGAUGGAAUUUAUGCGGAGGUCAUAAAUUUACGUUCUAUUAGACCACUAGAUAGAUCCACAAUUAACGCUUCAGUCAGGAAAACCAACAGACUAAUAACCGUUGAAGAAGGGUUUCCUCAACACGGAGUCGGUGCUGAAAUCUGUGCAUCUGUUGUGGAGGAGAGUUUUGCUUAUCUUGAUGCGCCUGUUGAGAGAAUUGCUGGAGCCGAUGUUCCCAUGCCAUAUGCGGCAAAUCUUGAGAGAAUGGCCGUGCCACAGGUUGAAGACAUUGUCCGUGCUGCAAAGAGAGCGUGCUACCGAUCUGUACCAUUGGCUGCCACCGCCUAAUCGAGCUAAUCCCGGCAGGAAACUUCUCCUAAUCAUGGCGAUUUGCACAAUCAUUUAAAUUAAAAUAAAAUAAAAUGAGGUCUUCUCUCCUAACUUAAAUGUUUAUUUUUCAGGAAUCAGAGGGAUACGAUUGUUUUGCUUUUGUGGACACUGUUGUGCAGGAAGUGCAUCAAUUAAUAACCGAGAUUUGUUGGGAA